AUGCAGAUGUUCGUGAAAACCCUAACCGGAAAGACCAUCACUCUUGAUGUCGAGAGCGAUGAUUCAAUCGAAAACAUCAAGGAGAAAAUUCAAGACAAGGAAGGGAUUCCGCCGGAUCAACAGAGGUUGAUCUUUGCGGGAAAACAACUCGAAGAUGGGAAGACACUGGCGGAUUACAAUAUCCAAAAGGAGUCGACUCUGCACCUCGUGCUUCGCCUCCGUGGAGGAAUGCAGAUCUUCGUGAAAACCCUAACCGGGAAGACGAUCACUCUCGACGUCGAGAGCUCCGAUACCAUCGACAGCGUCAAGGAGAAAAUUCAGGACAAGGAAGGAGUUCCGCCGGAUCAGCAGCGGUUGAUCUUUGCCGGAAAGCAGCUCGAUGACGACAAAACCCUAGCUGAUUACAACAUUCAGAAGGAAUCCACUCUGCACCUGGUGCUGAGGCUUCGCGGAGAGGUGGAGAGCGAUGAUACGAUUGAUAAUGUGAAGGAGAAAAUUCAGGAUAAGGAGGGGAUUCCGCCGGAUCAGCAGAGGCUGAUCUUCGCCGGCAAGCAGCUUGAAGAUGGGAAGACACUGGCGGAUUACAAUAUACAGAAGGAGUCGACUCUGCACCUUGUUCUUCGCCUCCGCGGUGGUGAUGCUGUUUGAACUUUUAAUUGAUUGAUGAUCUGUUCAAAAUUUAACUUGCAUAUAGAUAUAUAUGACUUUGAUUAUUGUCUUACUAUUAUAUAGUACUGCUCACUUUAGUAAUUUAGUUUCUUACUA